AAAGUCACUCUUCUGACGGCGUUCAUACACAUUAAACGCUAACGCUGCUGAUCCUGGUAGUGACUGUACUGACACGUGUCCUUUUUCGUGCCGUAUCCUUGUUAUUUUGGCCACAUCCAAAGACAAAGACACGGUUACCAACUGGCUCUGAAAAUUGUCCAACCUCACGACCCGUACUUUGAAUCCCGGAAGUUUGAUUGUUUACGGAAUCAAGAGGAAAUGCUUGUGCUCAACGGAAAAAAAAAAAAAAAAAAACAAUUCGUAGACAGUCGCCUUACGUUUGAUCUUUCUUCAUUACACGACCAUUUUUUCUUAUGAGCAUCGACUAACACACCAUUUCACCACUUUCUUCCAUGUUGGUAUCGGCGUUUUCCUGUCAUAUUCUGAUUUUGGCUUGUUCUGUGUCAAACUUGGUUAACAUUAGCACGCUAGUUAGCUCUCGUCAGAAGCGCAGAAGCGAAACUGCAGUUUGACCUGCGUUAGCUUCGGCCUGAAUGCUGUCGCUGUGAGUUAAUGUGGACAAACCAAUCUCAUUUUACAACGCUGUUUACACUUAAAGUCAUUGAAAUUGGUUGUCCAGCCUAAGAGACGUGCGUUAGUUGGACUUGGCAAAUGUCCCCCAUUUACAAGCUAGGAGUUGCACGCUGAACUCAGUCUUAUCACACGGUUUUGCACAAGUUAAUACAGCCUCUGCCACAGCGCUUCGCACGUCGCAGUCAUGAUGUCCGAGGCCAUCGUAACGUUUCAGUCCCAGCUUUCCGGCGUCAUGGAAACGGUCUUCAAAGCUGCCAUGUACGAGAUCACCCGGCUGGUGGAAGACAGUUUCUUGGAGGAGGUGACACGGAGCCGGGAGCAGGUGGAGUCCCUGAAGAGGCGGCUGAAGUGGUCCGAGAGUCGACGCAAGGAAAGAGAUGGAGACAAGAGGGGAAGGUGUGCUGACUGCGGAAGACUAGUGGUGUUUAGCGAAGACAAGUCCAGAGCAACACAUACAGAGAAGGGUCUGAAACAGGAGAGUGUCCCGAAAGAAGAGAUUGACAGCUGUCGGGGCAUUUCCGGAGAGACGCCCAGUGAUGAACUGGAAGGAGCAGAACCAGGGGCUCCCACCUCUGUUAAAGAGCCACAGUCCCCGCAGGAAAGAAGUGAAAAGCUGGAUAGACUGCUAAAGGAAGAGGCUCUCCAUAUCACACCAGAUAGCCUUGAGGCCCAAGAGAGAUGGGGAGUCAAUUUGGAUGGAGCAGAGGGUUCAGAUCUGUCGGGGCCCAGUAAAACUUUCACUGACCAGGAGAUCCAGCAGUGCCAGGAGGACUGGGAGCCUGGCUUGGAACAGAGGCCAGAGCCAGCCCACGAUGGCAUCUCAGUUGACCCAUCUGCACCUUUUUACCGAAACCGAUAUGACAUGGAGGAGCUGGGUGGCUUUGAUAAGACUGGGUAUCAGGGUGCCAGUCUGAUAGAUAUGAAUAGCUUGGAUGGGUUACAAGGGUCUCCAUCCCACCCGGGUGAGGAGCUGAAUUACAUGGGUGACUAUGAGGGGGAUUUAGGAGCAGCUGAGGGGGCUGAGCAUCAAGCUUACCAACCCGGUCCCCCUCGAAAUAGAAGGGGUGCAUUAGGUUCACCCUCAAGGGCCAACACAGAGGUGGGAGAAGAGUUCAGCUGCCUGUUGAUCAAUGAGGAGGGGUACCUGCAGGACCCGAGUGCCUUGUACCCUGAACAUGUGCCGGGUGAUUCAGGCAGCAGGGUGAGCUUCCGGGGGCAAGGCAUUCGCACUGGAGACCCAUCUUUAGACAGCGCGGAGGAUCUCUACGGGCCCCCAGAGACAUACAGCCAUACCAUAAACCUCGGAGAGAGGGUGCAGUUCCAGGCAGGAGGGAGAGGAGGGAGGAGGCACAACUGUAAUCAGUGCUCCAUGUCCUUUCCAGACACUGCCUCUCUCAAGGCCCACAAGCAGAUGCACAAAGCCGGACAGGGGCCACCAUACUCAUGCAACCAGUGCGGGAAGACCUUCACCCAAGCCUGCAACCUCAAGGUCCACCAGAGGAUUCACUCUGGGCAGGGGCUCCACCUCUGCAGCCACUGUGGGAAAGGUUUCCCUUCUUUCUCCGACCUGAAGACCCACAAGUGCAGCCAAACAGGGGACAAACCUUACUGUUGCACUGUGUGCGGGAACAAGUUCAGCCGUCUUUGGAAUCUGAAGUUGCAUCGGCGCAUCCACACACAGGAAAAACCUCAUCGGUGCACCAUGUGUGAUAAAAGCUUCACACGGGCGGACAUUUUGAAAGUUCACCAACGAACACACACAGGGGAGAGACCAUACUGUUGCCCUAUCUGUGGCCUCAGCUUCAAACGCCUGGAUCAUCUUAAAUCACAUCAGCGCAAACACAGAACAGAUCUGCAAGAGUAUCCCAUCAUGUCGGACCUGGACACCCUGAUUGUCACAUUCCAGACCCAGCUUUCAGAUGUCAUGGAGACAGUGGUGAAGACAGCCAUGUAUGAGGUCACCCGGCUGGUAGAGGAUGGCUUCAUGGAGGAGGUUCGGCGCAGAAGCCAAGAAGUGGAGUCGCUGAGGACACAGCUGCAGUGGGCAGAGAGGAAACUCAGUGAUCACAGGGAAAAAGAAGCUGGGAAGAGAGGGAGGUGUGUUGACUGUGGCAAAGAGGAUGCAGAGUUAUCCCCUGGUGUGACUGACGAAAGGUCUAAAGAAAUUCAGUAUGAUAUUUUAAGGCAUUGUAGCUUGAAGGAAGAGGACAACUCUGUGGAACAGUGGACAAAAAGCUUUAGACAGGAGAUGAUUUCAGAGUCGACACAGGAGGCUGACAAGCCUGCCCUCAUACUCAGCCCUGUAAGGGAAUUACAGGCUGUGGAGGAAGACGUAAGGUCAACUGUCGACGUGAAGGAGGAAGAAGUAGAUAAGCUCUCUUACUCUGUGGUGCACCCGGGAGGGUGGGCUGUUAGCAAUGAAGGUGAAGAAGGAUCUGAAUCCCACAGCUCUAGUCAGACCACAGAUGCACAACCGAAGCAGACGCAACAAAACAGCGACGAGUUACUGAGGAAUGUCAUCAGAAAAGAUGCACAAAGGAGCUCUACUUCAUAUGUUUUUCCUGAACACCAGGUGAACACACAGGCGGCAACAGAUCCUUCCCACGUCUCACCUUUGGAGGUGGACUCCAAAUGGGCUGGCCUGUCUCGAAAAACCACAGGAUUACUGCAGAACCACACACUUGACAAGGAUUGUGAAACAUCCAUAAGCAGAGGUUCAGUAAAGCGCACAGACCAGAAGCUUGCAGAUCCAUCCACGGCAGAGGAAGCCCUCGCUAACCCACACUUAGUUAGGGAUCAAAUCUCAUCCUCAGGAUCGCCUAAAGCAAGACUGCAAAUUAGUGAUGUGGGGAGUGUGGUGAUCAAGCAGGAGGUGAUUGUGGAUUCCGAUGGGGAUGAGGAAGAGCGGGUAGAAGAGAAAAAGAUGAAAAGGUCAGGGAUGGAGUCCUUCUCAUGUUCAGUAAACCAGCACCGGGUGACAUCAGGAGCACUCAAGCAGAACCACAUUUCCUCUAAACCCACUGCACAGGAAAUUAUGAAGCUGCAUUCUAAAGUGGCAACAAGUCUCACACUGCAAGCUGCUGUGCAACACCUCCGCAGACCAGUGAAGAAGCCAACCAACACACUCUCAAACAGCAGCAGCGCAGCGCCUUCCACAGCUCACUCCCGGCUUGCAAACUUACACCCCCUCAACAGAAUUCCCUCCACAUCCAAGGCGGCCGCCGCUCCCCCUCCCGCCCCGCUCUCAGUCCAGCGAGCCCACCUUGGAGACAAACAAACCGCAGCACUUACGCGAACCGGCGCCCCGUGGGUCAGUAUCAAAUCCCACCACCACCCCCACGCACUCCCACACCCCCACCAACACCCAUGCUCUCACCCCCAGCCCGGCCCAAGACAUCUGCUGCGCUGCGGCCAGUGUGGGAAGUGCUUUCCCCACCCCAGCAACCUGAAGGCCCACCUGCAGACCCACACAGGCGAGCGGCCCUUCUGCUGCUCCAUCUGUGGCCGCAGCUUCACCAAGCUGAGCAACCUCAAGGCCCACCGCCGCGUCCACACCGGGGAACGGCCGUACUGCUGCUUGGCCUGCGGCAAGCGCUUCACCCAGAAAUGUAACCUGAAACGCCACCAGAGGAUCCACCUGGACGUAUGAUGACACAGAGACCGUGUCGACGCAGUGUAUGUGCGUGUGUGUGUGUGUUUUUUUAUUUUAGAUUAGGGUGCAUUGUAGUGCUAUUGAUGUGAUGCAUUGCAAGACUGCUUCCUGUGCACUUGUGUGUUGAAGUGAGUAUUCCAAGAUAUUGUGUGCAUUCCUGAAUAAUGAACAUUUAACCAGGUGACUUUUGAAGGGUUUUAUGGAUAGUUUCUAACAGGAUGGACGCUCCACCAGUGUUUAAUGCAUGAAGAAAGGGAAUUGUGACUUUUGGUCAGUAAAAGACUAUCUAUUCUGUGAAUAUUCCGACUCUUCCAUAAUGUGAAUUGCAACGUGCCUCUGAGAACAAGAGCACUUAUCUUAGAUCACGGACUGGGUUAUACGACUUUAUCACUCACCAAAGGUCACAAAAUCGAAUAAUUUGAAUUGCCAGGGUUUUUGUUUUUACUUGAAUUGCAGGGGUGUGUGUGCUUGUGUGUGUGAGAGAGAGGAGAGAGAGAGAGAGAGUGAGAGAGUGUGAGUUUGUUAUGUUUGAGCAAGAUUCAUUAUCUUUGGGACUACUGAACCCAUUCAAAAACUACAAUAAAUAAACAUUUCAGAAAUGA